AUGACAGAGCUCCGUCCUGCGAGCGCUGUCACAUUAGGCCAUGAAGGUGUAGGCUUCAUUGAGAAGAUACAUCCCUCAGCGGAAGGGAAAGGCUUCAAAGUUGGCGAUGCCGUGGGCUUCAAUUAUUUCAUCAACUGCUGUUUCGAAUGCGAUGGCUGUUUGGUACAUAACAUGAGAUGCGAAACGGGGCAGUCUCAGCUACAAGGGUUUGCCGUUGAUGGCUUCUUCCAGGAAUAUGCAGUCGCAGACUAUCACAACUGCGUCGUUUUACCCAAGGAACUUGAUAUGAAGCGAGCAGCGCCACUGUUCUGUGCAGGUAUCACAGCAUUUCAUGCCGUGGACAGCUGUGAACUGCAACCCGGACAGUGGCUCGCUGUGAUCGGAUGCGGUGGGCUGGGGCAAUACGCAACUCAAUAUGCCAAAGCCAUGGGAUACAAGGUCGUCGGAAUAGACAUCAAUGACGAUGUGCUCGAGUCUGUGAAAGCCCUAGGUGCUGAUGCAACGUUCAAUUCUAGAACCAGUUCGAACUACCUAGAGGAGGUCAAGAAAGCUACGGGGAAGGGGGCACAUGCAGUUGCGGUUUUCUCUGCUGCUGAUGCUGCAUAUGCCGGGGCUCCAGAAGUGCUGCGGGUCGGAGGUCUUCUGAUGGUCAUCGGAAUCGCUGGAAAGCCAUUGCAAGUCUCGACGUUUGAUCUGUGCACUGGUAGAUACAGGAUCAAGGCAGACAGUACCAGCAUUCCGCAGCGGAUGCCAAAAGCUGUCGAGUUCACGGCCAAGCACAACAUACAGCCAGGCGUCGAAUUCAGAAAGCUUGAAGAUCUGCCUGCUAUGUUUGAGGAUAUGCAUCAUGGGAAGACAAAGUGCCGACAAGUAGUGCUGUUCUAG